UGAGCACAACGCAGGCUAAACUCUUGUAAUUACUGUUUAUAGCUGGCCAAGGCUGGCUAGGAGAGGGCAAACCCAAGAGGAAAUAAGUUUCCUGAGCCUUUGAGAGAUGGCUGUGUAUUAAUUAAAGGCUAGGACCGGACGGGUGCCUCUCAGACAUGCUCCAAGUUGUUCUCCAGAUCACAGUUCAUAUCACGUUUUCUCUGGAGGGAGUGAGUAGAUAAUCGGGAUUUUUUUUUUUCUUUUCUUUUUAUUUUUCUUCCUCUCCCUGUUUUGGUCUUAUGGCCUUGAACCCGCAGUGAAUUGAAGAGAAAGAAAUGGAUAUGUCUGACCCUAAUUUUUGGACUGUGCUCUCAAACUUUACUUUGCCUCAUUUGAGGAGUGGGAACAGGCUUCGGCGGACACAAAGUUGCCGAACAAGCAACAGGAAAAGUUUGAUAGGCAAUGGACCGUCACCAGCAUUGCCUCGACCGCACUCACCUCUCUCUGCUCAUGCAGGAAACAGCCCUCAAGAUAGUCCAAGAAAUUUCUCUCCUAGUGCCUCAGCCCAUUUUUCAUUUGCACGGAGAAAUGACAGGACUGAUGGACGCCGCUGGUCCUUGGCUUCUCUCCCCUCCUCUGGCUAUGGGACGAACACGCCCAGUUCCACGGUAUCCUCAUCCUAUUCCUCCCAGGAGAAGUUACAUCAGUUACCAUACCAACCAACACCAGAUGAACUGCACUUCUUAUCGAAACAUUUUUGUACCACCGAAAGCAUCGCCGCCGAGAACAGAUGCAGGAACACGCCCAUGCGCCCCCGUUCUCGAAGUCUGAGCCCUGGACGUUCUCCCGCCUGCUGUGACCAUGAAAUAAUUAUGAUGAACCAUGUCUACAAAGAAAGGUUCCCAAAGGCCACAUCUCAGAUGGAAGAGCGCCUGAAGGAAAUUAUCACCAGCUACUCCCCUGAUAGCGUUCUCCCCCUGGCCGAUGGAGUGCUCAGUUUCACUCACCACCAGAUUAUUGAACUGGCUCGAGAUUGUUUGGAUAAAUCCCACCAGGGUCUCAUCACCUCACGAUAUUUCCUUGAAUUACAACACAAAUUAGAUAAAUUGCUACAUGAGGCUCAUGAUCGUUCAGAAAGUGGAGAACUGGCAUUUAUUAAACAACUAGUCCGGAAGAUCCUAAUUGUCAUUGCCCGCCCUGCUCGUUUAUUGGAGUGCCUGGAAUUUGAUCCUGAAGAAUUUUACUACCUACUGGAAGCAGCAGAAGGCCAUGCGAAGGAAGGACAGGGUAUUAAGACUGACAUUCCCAGGUACAUCAUUAGCCAGCUGGGGCUCAACAAGGACCCUCUGGAAGAAAUGGCUCAGUUGGGAAACUAUGAUAGUGGGACAGCAGAAACACCGGAAACAGAUGAAUCAGUGAGUAGCUCUAAUGCUUCCCUGAAACUUCGAAGGAAACCUCGGGAAAGUGAUUUUGAAACUAUUAAAUUGAUUAGCAAUGGAGCUUAUGGGGCAGUCUACUUUGUUCGGCAUAAAGAAUCCCGGCAGAGGUUUGCCAUGAAAAAGAUCAAUAAACAAAACCUCAUCCUUCGGAACCAGAUCCAGCAGGCCUUUGUGGAACGGGAUAUCCUGACUUUCGCAGAAAACCCCUUUGUUGUCAGCAUGUAUUGCUCCUUUGAAACAAGGCGCCACUUGUGCAUGGUCAUGGAAUACGUGGAAGGUGGAGACUGUGCUACCUUAAUGAAGAACAUGGGUCCUCUCCCUGUGGAUAUGGCCAGGAUGUACUUUGCUGAGACGGUCUUGGCCUUGGAGUAUCUUCAUAAUUACGGAAUUGUACACAGAGAUUUGAAACCAGACAACUUGUUGGUCACCUCUAUGGGGCACAUAAAGCUGACAGAUUUUGGAUUAUCUAAGGUGGGACUAAUGAGUAUGACCACCAAUCUUUAUGAAGGUCAUAUUGAGAAGGAUGCGCGAGAGUUCCUGGACAAGCAGGUCUGUGGCACACCUGAAUACAUCGCACCAGAAGUAAUUCUGAGGCAGGGCUAUGGGAAGCCAGUGGACUGGUGGGCCAUGGGGAUUAUCCUGUAUGAAUUUCUGGUUGGAUGUGUGCCAUUCUUUGGGGACACUCCAGAAGAGCUAUUUGGACAAGUCAUCAGUGAUGAGAUUAACUGGCCUGAAAAGGAUGAGGCCCCACCACCAGAUGCCCAGGAUCUGAUUACCUUGCUUCUCAGGCAGAAUCCCCUGGAGAGACUGGGAACAGGUGGUGCUUACGAAGUCAAACAGCAUCGAUUCUUCCGUUCUUUAGACUGGAACAGUUUGUUGAGACAGAAGGCAGAAUUUAUUCCCCAACUGGAAUCCGAAGAUGACACAAGUUAUUUUGAUACUCGAUCAGAGAAGUAUCAUCAUAUGGAAACUGAGGAAGAGGAUGACACAAAUGAUGAGGACUUCAAUGUGGAAAUUCGACAGUUUUCCUCGUGUUCACAUAGGUUUUCUAAAGUUUUCAGCAGUAUAGAUCGAAUCACUCAGAAUUCAGGAGAAGAGAAAGAAGACUCUGGAGACAAAACCAAAAGCACAACUUUGCCAUCCACAGAAACGUUAAGCUGGAGUUCGGAAUAUUCUGAAAUGCAGCAGUUGUCAACAUCCAACUCUUCAGAUACUGAGAGCAACAGACGUAAACUCAGCUCUGGCCUACUCCCCAAACUGGCUAUUUCAACAGAGGGAGAACAAAGUGAAGCUGCCCCCUGCCCUGGAGACCCCCACGAGGAGCCGGAAAAGCCAGCUCUUCCUCCUGAAGAGUGUGCUCAGGAGGAGCCUGAGGUCACCACUCCAGCUAGCACCAUCAGCAGCUCCACCCUGUCAGUUGGCAGUUUUUCAGAGCACUUGGAUCAAAUAAACGGACGAAGCGAGUGUGUGGACAGUACAGAUAAUUCCUCAAAGCCACCCCAUGAACCCGCCUCUCACAUGGCUCGGCAGCGAUUAGAAAGCACAGAGAAAAAGAAAAUCUCGGGGAAAGUCACAAAGUCCCUUUCUGCCAGUGCUCUGUCCCUCAUGAUCCCAGGAGAUAUGUUUGCUGUCUCUCCACUGGGAAGUCCAAUGUCUCCCCAUUCUCUGUCCUCUGACCCUUCUUCUUCACGAGAUUCCUCUCCAAGCCGAGAUUCUUCGGGUGCUUCUGCCAGUCCACAUCAGCCCAUUGUGAUCCACAGCUUGGGGAAGAACUACGGCUUCACUAUCCGAGCCAUCCGGGUGUACGUGGGAGACAGUGACAUCUACACAGUGCACCAUAUCGUCUGGAAUGUAGAAGAAGGGAGUCCAGCGUGCCAAGCUGGACUGAAAGCUGGAGAUCUGAUCACACACAUCAAUGGAGAACCAGUGCAUGGCCUUGUUCACACAGAAGUUAUAGAACUGCUACUAAAGAGUGGAAAUAAGGUGUCAAUCACUACCACCCCAUUUGAAAACACAUCAAUCAAAACAGGACCAGCCAGGAGAAACAGCUACAAGAGCAGGAUGGUGAGGCGGAGCAAGAAAUCUAAGAAGAAAGAAAGUCUAGAAAGGAGGAGAUCACUUUUCAAAAAGCUAGCCAAACAGCCUUCUCCUUUACUUCACACCAGCCGAAGUUUCUCCUGCUUGAACCGAUCCCUGUCAUCAGGAGAGAGCCUCCCAGGAUCCCCCACUCACAGCCUGUCCCCUCGUUCCCCUACACCAAGCUAUCGCUCUACUCCUGACUUCCCGUCUGGGACUAAUUCCUCCCAGAGCAGCUCCCCAAGUUCCAGUGCCCCCAACUCUCCAGCAGGGUCCGGGCACAUCCGGCCCAGCACCCUCCAUGGCCUGGCCCCCAAACUUGGUGGCCAGCGAUAUCGUUCUGGAAGGAGGAAGUCGGCUGGUAGCAUCCCCCUCUCCCCACUGGCCCGGACACCUUCUCCAACUCCUCAGCCCACCUCCCCACAGCGGUCACCGUCCCCUCUGUUGGGACACUCAUUGGGCAACUCCAAGAUUGCUCAAGCCUUCCCCAGCAAGAUGCACUCCCCACCCACCAUUGUCAGACACAUCGUGAGACCCAAGAGCGCGGAGCCCCCACGGUCCCCGCUGCUCAAGCGCGUGCAGUCCGAGGAGAAGCUGUCACCCUCCUACGCCAGUGACAAGAAGCACCUGUGCUCCCGCAAGCAUAGCCUGGAGGUGACCCAGGAGGAGGUGCAGCGGGAGCAGUCCCAGCGGGAAGCACCGCUGCAGAGUCUGGAGGAGAGCGUGUGCGAUGCACCAGCCCUCAGCCGAGCCCGGCCAGUGGAACAGGGCUGCCUGAAACGCCCCGUCUCCCGGAAGCUGGGCCGGCAGGAGUCCGUGGACGAUGUGGACCGGGACAGGCUGAAGGCCAAGGUGGUGGGGAAGAAACCAGAGGGCUUCCCAGAGAAGCAGGAGGCCCACCAGAAGCCUCAUGGGCUUGGGAAUGAUCUAGAAAACCUAGCCAUUUUCCGGCUAGAAGAGAGAGAGAAGAAAAUCUACCCGAAGGCUCUGGACAGGCCAAGUCCUUACGAGAGUAAGGCGGCCAUGCAGGAGGGCCCAUCCCUGGGCAGCCUCCUGAAAGCCGCUCUUCACAAGCAGGCCAGCGCCCGGGCCAGUGAGGGGGGCACCUUGGACGGGGUCGCAGCCAACUAUUGCCCUGCGCCUGGCGAGCACAGAGAGGGCACCAGCGACUUCAAACGGGCCCCUGCUCCUAUCCAUUUCCAGGAUGGUCAUUGUCAUUCCACAGACAGGUCCACCUCCGGGAAGGGCGAAAGUGCAGAGAAAACCUCCCAGGGCAAGGAGUUUCUCCGAUGUGAGAAGUUGGACAGCAAGCUGGCCAAUAUCGAUUACCUCCGCAAGAAAAUGUCACUGGAAGACAAAGACGACAGUCUCUGCCCGGUGCUGAAGCCCAAGAUGGCGCCUGGUGGCCACGAGUGCCUGCCGGGAAACCCCACCCGGUCUGUGGGUGGGCAGCAGGAGCCCCCGCCAGCCUCCGAGGUCCGAGCCUUUCUGAACAGUAGCCACGGAGCGCAGAUGGGCGCUGUUUCUUUUGUUCCUCUCAAGACUCUUGCUGGCCGGGUGGACAGUGGAGCCGAGAAGCCGGGCCUGGCUGCUUCAGAGUCCCCUGUCAGAAAAAGCCCCUCUGAGUACAAGCUGGAAGGCAGGUCCGUGUCAUGCCUGAAGCCCAUUGAGGGCACGUUGGACAUUGCACUCCUCUCUGGACCUCAGGCUUCCAAGAUGGAGCUACCUUCACCGGAACCUGCACAGAGCCCCAGCCCGGGCAGUGAUGUGGGGCCCUCUGUGCCACCAGCUCUUCCCAGUGGCAAUGUGAAAAAGGGUGAAACUGCCAGUCUGAGAGAGUCUUCCCCUGCCAGCUUAAAGAUGAAUAAAUCCUACCUACUUGAGCCCCGGUUUCUGCCCCCAAGCCGGGCUCUCCAGAAUUCCCCAGCAGCUCCCCUGCCAGACCUGGAGCCAAAACGGGACAGGAAAGUUCCCCAUUCUGCUGCCAGGAGCCCGGUGAUAGUCAUGGAAAGCAAUCCUCAACGGAAGGAGGGUGGCCCCACCAAACACCAAGACCAUGCCAUGGACACCAAGCUGCUGCCCUGCCCAGGGCAGGAUCUCCACAAGACUGACUUGGCCAGGCCACAUGGCUCACUCCCUCCUGAAGGGACCCCCUCCAGGGACAAGCCAAGCCUGAAGGAGCUGUCCGAAAGGGGUCCUUCCACAGCCAGAAGCGAGCAUUCUGCCUCCAGGGCUGAGCUACAUCGAGCCCAGCCUCUGGAGCUGUACCCUCCAGAAACUGCUAAAACCAGUGACAACUCCAAAAGCCUCCCCUCUUUCGGAAGGACACACCCAGAGUACACGCAGACCCAGGCCAUGGAGAAAGCGUGGGGGCCGUGUGGGAAAGCAAACCACAGAGAUGGCCAAGAGGAGGCAAAGCCACUGGCUAGGGAGGACGCCUCAUUGCGUUCAUCCACGCCUGCCUGUGAGAAGGAGCCGGGCAAGGCCAGAAACAGAGAGGAGCCCCUGGCCCAAGCCCCUGUCUCCAGGCCAUCUGUGCCGCAUCCCGGGGCUGAGAGUGGCAAGAGUGAAAAGCUCUCCGGCUUCCCAUCUUUGCAGAAAGAUGGUCCCAAGGAACUGGAGAGGAAAGAACAGCUCUCACAGAGGCAUCUUGGUGGUAGCCCUCAGCCCUCACCACCCACCAAAGAGCUGCCCAGCCCGGCUGCUCAGCAGCACUGCCGUACCCCCAGCCACGCUCCAGGCGGAGAGCGACUGCCCCAGCCUGCUGCUGCAGAACCCAGCCUGGGCCUUCAGGACUCUCUCAAGCCUGCCUCUGUCCCCAGUGAAAGCAGCAGCCGUAAGCUCCAGCCUGGCCCUGACCCAGGUGCACCAAAGUCUAAGCACCCAGACAGGUCCCUCUCCUCGCAGAAGCCAAGCAGCGGGGCUGCCAAGGGCAAAGAGCCCCUCACGCAGCCCCUCGGGGGCUCCUGCCAGGAGGGGAAGGGCCACAGUAAGGGCGUGCCGGAUGUGCCCCCUGCCAUCCCAGGUCUCCAGAACAAAGCCAGCCACACGUUUGGCCAGGGAGAAAGUGGGCCCUCGGUGCUCCCACACCCUGAAGGGGGUCCUCCAGAUGCCAAGGGGAAACCUGGCAGUGGAGGACAUCCCCUGGAGGUAUUGGGGAAGCCUGGGCAUCCUCCCAGGCCAGGGCACCCAGCGGUCAGGGAGGCAGUAGACCAGAAACUUCCCACUGUCAGUGAAAAGCAAAAUCUGUCUCCAAAGCACCCCAAACCUUCCACUGUGAAAGAUUACCCCCCGCCAAGCAAGCAGGCAGACAAAAGCCCAAGCCAGCAGGCCGCCUCUGGUGACAGGAGGUCCGAAGGGAAGCGAUGCACAGAAGCACUUUAUGUUCCAGCAGAGGGUGGGAAGCUAGAGGCCAGCCCUCCGGUGCAGGGCGAGACCCGGCCGAAAGGCUCUGAGCGGCCAGCCGCAGCGGUCGGGAAGGGCCUCCCAGAUGCCAAGGGUAAAGGACUUGGCUCUCAGAAGCCGCUGACUGAGGCCGGCAAACCCAGCAACAUGAAACGGUCGCCCUCGGUCACUGGGCAGAGUUCUUUCCGACCCGCCACCCUCCCCGAGAAGACCCUGAGCUCCUCCUCCAGCUUCCCUGAAGCCAGACCCAGAGCGUGCGAGGCCUCUACAGCCAAUGGUGACACCUCUUCUGCCAAAGCCAGCGGGGGCACACUUGAGCUCCCAGCCUCCAGCAGCAGGGACCAUUGGAAGUCCCAAUCUGGGGGGGAUGGCAGAACCCAAAUGCCCAAGAGUGACUCUUUACCAUCCUUUCGGGUCUCCACCAUCACCCUGGAGCCCCACCACCCUGACCCAAAUGUUCUGGGCGCAGCCAGCUGCCGGGACGGAGCGCUCUCCGUAAUUGCCACAGUGGGAGACACCAAAGGGAAAGACCCCAGCCUCGCCCAGCCUCCCCCAACCAGGAAACAGAGUGUGGGCAGAGAGGGGGCCAAGCCAUCCCCAGCUCCAAACACUGACCGCCCCAUCGCCCUUUCUUCUGAGAAGGACUUCGUGGUACGGCAGAGGCGGGGGAAAGAGACUUCGCGGAGCAGUCCUCACAAAAAGGCCUCGUAAGCGGCAGGCCCUGGAGUGGGGCAGGACAGUGGAGACCCGCCUGAAUGUGUAACUGUCAUGACUAACUACCUUUUGAAACCAGCACUGUGUGGGAUGUCCGCCAGGCAGAGCUUGAAGCCUCAUUGAGGAAGGGGAGAGAGAGAGAAAGAGGGGACCUUCUUCCAGAUGCCUUCCCAGUAAUAACCGGUAAAACUGUUACCAGAUAGUGUUUGUAUGGAAAAAGAAAUACAGUUGAGGGUUGUUAAGGAAAAAGAUUUUCUCUGUAAAUAUCUAGCAACGUGUUUGGUUUUGGAUGUAGAGUCUAUCCCUUGCUGCUGAUUGCGUCGUUUACCACAGCUUUCUUUUUUCAAUAACAUUAUUGCUUUACCAUUUACCAUAAUUUAGUCACAAAGCAAAAUGGUCAAAAUGGGGCAUAUGGAAAACUAUGGAUACACUCACAUUCAUGUAUAUACACAGCCUCCUCUAUGUGUUGGCCUUUGGUUUAAGAGGCUAUUUCAAGGCUCCAUUUUUAUAAGCUAAAACAUUCUACGUAGAGUUAAAGAUGAAAGAAAUCCCUAAAUAUAGUAGAUUGUGCGUUUUUAUGUGCAUUUUUAACCGGAGUUUCUGAUAGUACUGUAUCUGGCUACCUAUAUUUCCAGAUCUGAAGCAAGAGCUACUCUUAAUUGCUGCAUUGGGAAUCCUCCUCCAUUGGGGAAUGGCCAGGACACAUGGAGCUCGCCGUUGUCAUUUAAGGUUACCCCAAUGGGCAUUUUGAUCCCGGGUCCAACUGACUGAAAGGCCAGUUGUCCUUGUCUUGAGUGUGUAUGUCUGGUCUUCACCCAAAGUAGAGCGGGGACUAUAAACACACGUCAACUUUAGUUCUGUUCUCUUUCUUUUCCUUCUUUACAAGCUCUUAAACUCAGGCCUUCUGCUGUGAGGGACUAGUCCAAGAAGCACACGUUUUGUAGCAGUCCUGCACCAGCCCUCCUCUUGAAUCAAAAGGAAAAUUACUGGCCGCACACAAAUCUGCUAAUACUUACGUUGACUGAUAAGCACCAGGCAUUGGAAGAGGUUUCAAAUUUGCUUUUUGAGGAAAAGAAUGGGGGGUGGAUUUGGGCAUCUAGCAUAUAUAUUAAGGAAUAAUCAGGACAUCAGAUACAUUUUAAUACUUAGCUGGGGCCUUAUGUCGUAGAUGAAGCUUGCUGUUUUUAGCAAGUUCUUGGGUUUCACAUUCAUUUCUGAUGCAUCGAGUAGCUCCGGACAUUUCAUAACGUGAUCUCUUUAUUUGUAUGCAAAAAAUAUACUGUAUUAAUAAAGAGCAUUUUUGUAACAAAAAGACUUGUUGGAGCUAUUUGGUGCUUGAAUGUGACCAUCCUUUUUACUUUUGCAAAGCCUUAUUUAAAUUUUGUAUACCGCAGAAUAUAUAGAAUUUGUCAAAUCAUUUUAGUGCUGAGGAUUUUUUAUUUUUGUUUGUUUUCCUUUGUUGCAGUUAUUUUGGUGGCUCGUUUUGUAUUUUAAGAUGGCACUUGCUGACAUAUGUACUAAGACACUAAAAGAAAAUACAGAUAAGUAUUUAUAAGAUGCUUGGGAUCCAUAGCAGGAUUGCAUUUUUUUUUUUUAAAGAGAAAAAAUUACCAAUAAAUAACUAAUUCAGCACCCAAACCCCCUCGGGGAAGUCUUAGUAUCUUCAGGCUAUAAAAUUGUUCAUCUAAACAGGGCAUCAUUUUACAGCCCGGUGGAUUGUAAAUCAUCUAGCAAGGCUGUAACUCGACUCUGUAAACAAAGGCAUAACUUAAAUGACUUCUUGGUUGUCCUUCAUUGUAAAAUGAGCUGUCAGUGGCAAAAAGAAAAAAAGGGAAAAACGUCUCUUCCGUGCCCCUAAUUUUUUUCCCCACCUGGUUUUAGCCAUUCCCCAUCACUGCAUUGUUAAACUCUAGAAGAAACAAAUCUUUUACAAGAAC